GCAAACAAAGCAACAGCAACCAAAACCAACAACCCUUCCAAAAUCCCGCUGCUUCCCUCUCCCAAACUCUUUCACUCUCGUCCCUCCUUUGCUUUCGUCCCAUAUCUCUGUCUCUCCCUCAAACUUCCUUUCUAUCCUAACCGACAAGAGCUGUCAGAAAGGUUCCUCAUUUCCUGUGCAGCACAGCAAACUCUAUCUCAGAAACGUCAUGGUGGACUCCAUCAGAGUUGCUCCUUGGCAAAUGCCAGUGAUGCCAUCUUCCAAGAAAUCCUACCAAUUCGAAGCAGACACAACCAGUGACGACGGCGAUUUCAUGGAACAGAUCAAGGAUCUGAUGUUUGAAGAAGAAUGCCAAGUAGCAAUUUCUCUGGAAUCGCCUUUGAAGAUCUUGCGGACUAACGACGAAUGGCUCAAGAAAUUUGGAUACUCCCGAUCAACCAUUACCAGCCGAACACUGCGAAUUGUGCAAGGACCAUACACGCAUACAGCUAAUUUGCAUCAAUUGUUAAUGAAGGCCUCGACGGAGAAAUCAGCCGAAGCUCACUUGACGCUGUAUUCCAGCGAUGGAACACCAAUGCUGUUGAGGACAGUGGCACGGGUUCAUAAUUUUCGGUCGCAACAAGUGUGCGUUCUCGAGAUGUUUAACUCGGAGGCCAUGACGAUAUCAGAAGCGAUGAAAGAUGAAAACGUUGCGAAAGGGCUGAUGUGCACAUCAAGACCAAGGAGGUUCACUUUUGCAAGCUCACAAUUCUCGAGGCUGUUUGGCUUCACGGAGCAGCAGUCACAGAA